UACACAGCACUGAGCGCACAGAGCUGCUCUGCACACACAAACAGGCCUCUGCUGGUUAAGAUAAAGUCUAAUAUAUGUUAAGCAUGUGUAUCGGGACGUGUGUGUAACGGAAUAUCUGCAGCAGAAACACGUGUUUAGCUAGCACCGUGUUGUUUUGCUAACUUUAGCUGACGUUGGUUGUCCUGUGUGCACACUAUGCAGCGUCCCACUCAUGGUCCCACUGCUUUGAAGGACGUGUAGAAGUUGUUCUGUGGUACAUGAGCUUAGGUCUGUACAUUUAAAAGCUAGUCUGAGCUCUGUCUAGCUUGUUAGCAGGCAGCCCAGUUAAAAACACGAACAGCAGAAAAAGGUGAAUCAUUCUCCUCUCAGUUAAAGUCAUGAGGGAGUUUUUGAGGAAGGUCCACGGUGUCUUUAUAAAGCUCGCCCUGUUUCCGAGCACUUUGGGCAGGACAGGCCCGCGGCCCGCAGCCUCAGAGGUGCUGACCUGCCACCUGCUGCAGCGCAAACUCCCGCCCUGGACCUCAUACUGUGUCCGCUACAGCUCCGUGCAUAAUGACCAGUUCGGACUGUCCAACUUUAACUUUAGAGUCCAAGGAUCCAACUACCAGAUACUGAGGACAGGCUGCUUCCCCUUUAUAAAGUAUCACUGCUCCAAAGCACCUCAUCAAAACUUGGACUAUGAAGACAAGUUUUUUACCAUUUUGAAAGUUCUUAACCUAGGCAUCCCUUGUUUGGCCUAUGGCAUCGGCUGCUGGAUGGUGGUGGGAGCUGCAGAAACAGUGCAAACGAGUGUUGGACCCGUCACAGUCUAUUUCGCCUACAAAGAAGAUGAAGGCGCACCGUUCUAAACAAAAUACUUAUUUAAGUGUGUUUUAAGAGACUCUUGUCUGCCAAGCUGCUGUAUUUACAUUUCCCCAUGAUGUUCUGCUGGACCUAUGUAAACAAAAGUGCUGUAUUGUAUGACUCAUGCAUCUAUUGUCUGACUGCACAGGUUCAUUUGUGUUUAA